CAUCACCCUCCACGCUCCCAACAACACGAUAUCUUACAAAAUCAUGGUCUACGUGGAACACAGCAAUAUGGCCAAAGGCAGAAUUACUGUACCUUGCACCAUUGUCAGCCCUCUCCGCCUUAUCUCCUGACCUCCAAACAUCCAAAUGGUCAGCCUUAGGUGUCACACAUGUACAUAAAAUGUUUGGUAUAAAUGGCAUCCAUCCUUUCCCAACACUGCAGGAACGGUACAAUUUACCUUCGAGGGAUAUUUUCAUGUACUUGCGUGUCAAACAUAUCUUAAUGUCACAAUCGAUUGAGCACAUUGACCCGCUGUCACUUAGUAAUAUAGGUGCACAAUGUUACCAUGCCAGACUGAUACGUCCUUCUUGCAAACUUCUUUCCCUAUGUUACAUGACGCUGUCUGAUAUUCAUGGACCCUCCAAACUACCUUACAUGAAGCAGUGGGAAACAUCAUUAGGGGUAACCCCAACUCUCAUAGAAUGGGAACAAGCCAUCACUUACACCAAACAAUCUUCGAAGUGUGUCACACUAUGGGAAGCCUACUUUAAAAUGUUAAUGAGAUGGUACUUGGUCCCGAGCAGGAUUCACAAAAUUUACCCCAAUUCUCCCUCAAUAUGCUGGCGCUGCAACUCCAGUUUAGGUUCUAUAGAACAUAUAUUUUGGCACUGUCCCAACCUGCAACACUUUUGGAAGGCCGUCCAAACAACCAUUCUUGCGAUUUGUAAGACUACACUCCCACUAGUCCCAGAAAUUUACUUGCUCCACAUUAUCCCUAACCUACUUGAUAUACCAUCUAGAGAUGCAGUAUUAAACAUACUUGUGGCAGCAAAAAUCAGCAUUGCAGCCCAUUGGAAAGAUACCAAGUCCCCUUCUUUGAAGGAGGUUCUAGGUAGGGUAGAGGUUACAUACCACCACGAAUGCGAAUGGGCAAAAGGGGGUAUCGGGUCACACUUUCUGGACAGGUGGAAAAAUUGGGAGUCUUUUAAAGACUCUCAUGCUACAGUGUAA